AGGGACAGGAGCACACACCAUGAUUUCACCCAUCCAGUUGGUCUGGCCCUUGGCAUUCUGUGUCGCAGGUAUCAGUGGGGACAUCGUCAUGACCCAGUCUCCUCCGGUGCUGUCAGUGGGACUGGGCCAGACCGCAACCAUCACCUGUACAGCCAGUCAAGAUAUUACAAAUGACCUCAGCUGGUACCAGCAGCGAGAAGGUCAGAAACCCUCUCUCCUGAUCUAUGAAGCAACAAUUCGAAACACAGGAGUCUCGGAACGAUUCACUGGCAGUGGAUAUGGGAACACUUUCACCCUGACAAUCAGCAACGUUCAGAAUGAAGAUGACGCUGGCUAUUACUGUAAGCAGCAUAACAGACGACCUUGCACGUUCGGUAAAGGGACCAACCUCAGACUGAAUGAUCAAAACUCUCAGCCCAAGCUGAUCCUGCUGCCCCCCUCCUUGGAGCAGGUCAAUGCCAAAGGCACUGCCACCCUGGUGUGCCUUGCCAAUCACUUCUAUCCCGAUGAGCUGGGCACAGUGAAACAGCUGCUUUCUAGUUACUAUGGACGACUUGCACAGCUGCUGAAGACUAUGGUAAAUGUCUGCUCAUGCACUGUCACCGGAGAUGGAAAUGGGGCAGUCAAGAAAGGAGAAGGAUUUGUCCAAGAUAGACUCCGUGAAUUUAAGGGCCGAUUGGAAGUUGUUAGCAAAGUCGACGAACUGCUGCAGUUCAGCGUGGGUGGAGGAUGCAGCACUGAUGCAGUCACUGAUGUAAUGGCAGAAGAUUUGGGGAACGGUGCCUGUGCAUGUACUGCUAAGGUGUUGUUUGAUGUAGCCGACAACAAGCAGACAUAG